UAUUAUCGGAGACAGUUAGACAGCAAAAUAAGUAAAAAUGGCAACUAACAUGGACUCGGCCAGGGAAAAAGCUUUCCAAGAUUAUCGAAAGAAACUUCUUGAGCAUAAAGAAGUAGAAUCACGUCUAAAAGAAAUGAGGGAGCACCUCAAAGAUUUAACGAAGCAAUAUGAUAAAUCUGAAAAUGAUUUGAAAGCUUUGCAAAGCGUUGGGCAGAUUGUUGGAGAAGUAUUAAAACAACUUACAGAGGAAAAGUUUAUAGUAAAAGCAACAAAUGGCCCACGUUAUGUUGUUGGCUGUCGACGACAACUUGAUAAAAAUAAGUUAAAAUCUGCAACAAGAGUAGCACUCGACAUGACUACUCUUACUAUAAUGCGUUAUUUGCCUCGCGAGGUCGAUCCACUAGUAUACAAUAUGUCACACGAGGAUCCUGGUGUCGUUCAAUAUAGUAUGAUCGGUGGUCUGAGUGAACAAAUUCGAGAACUAAGAGAAGUUAUAGAACUACCGCUGUUACAUCCUGAACUGUUUCAAAGAGUGGGUAUAACUCCUCCGAAAGGAUGUCUCUUAUAUGGUCCACCAGGAACUGGAAAAACAUUAUUGGCCAGGGUAGUUGCCAACCAGUUGGAUGCAAAUUUCUUAAAAGUUGUAUCGAGCGCUAUUGUCGAUAAAUAUAUCGGCGAAUCGGCACGACUGAUCAGAGAAAUGUUUAACUACGCGCGAGAUCAUCAACCCUGCAUUAUAUUCAUGGAUGAAAUCGAUGCCAUUGGUGGACGUAGAUUUUCGGAAGGUACAAGCGCGGAUCGAGAAAUCCAAAGAACUUUGAUGGAAUUGUUGAAUCAAAUGGAUGGUUUUGAUUCUUUGGGUCAAGUUAAAAUGAUAAUGGCUACAAACAGACCAGAUACUUUGGAUCCAGCUUUAUUACGACCUGGUAGAUUAGACAGAAAAAUUGAAAUCCCAUUACCCAACGAACAAGCACGUUUAGAAAUUUUAAAGAUUCAUGCUAGCCCGAUAUCCAAGCAUGGAGAAAUUGAUUAUGAAGCAGUAGUUAAACUCUCUGAUGGAUUCAAUGGCGCCGAUUUGAGGAAUGUUUGUACCGAAGCAGGAUUAUUCGCGAUAAGAUUAGAACGAGAAUAUGUUGUACAAGAAGAUUUCAUGAAAGCAGUAAGGAAGGUCUCAGAUAAUAAGAAACUUGAAUCCAAAUUAGAUUACAAACCAGAAUAAUGGAUAUAUAUAUUGAUUACAUCAAAUUUAAAACUCAGUUAAUUCGCUAACCAAUGCGUGGUUCAAUAAAAUAAUUUUUAUUGUAAUAUUUGUAUUUUAUACUGGAAACAUAUACUUCGAAACAACAAAAUACUUUU